UUGCGUCCUAGAAUCCUUUGCGCCAGGCUGACAGUUGCUAGGAGACGAGCGGCCGGAAACGGCGGGAGGUUCGAGUGCAGGAGAGGAGAGCGUCGCUGUGUUUUCUGACCAGGGAGAUCCCUUCCCAACCCAGGCAAGAACUCGGACUCAUUACCACCCGUCAACGCCCCAUAUGCUUACCGAGGCGCAGAAGCAAACUGUUCUCAGCCCUGAUCGGCUCCGGUCUCUUCCUCACCAUCUCUCUGAUGCACUCUUCCCCCCGGAUCUCCGCUUCCUGAUGGGAUCUCAGCGAUUGGUACCCGGCCUUCCCGAGUCGGACUCUUCCGAGCCUUUUGAUGAAUCGUGGCCUUCCACUGAGGGCAGCAGUAAGACUCCAGAGCGGGAUGAGCAGCCGACUGCUUCCACCAAUGGAAAUAAUGAUGAGCAGGGAGACCCGGGGCCUGAGGAUUCGGUCCUAGCAAGGUACAUUGCAAGAUUUCGCAGUGGGCGGCCCACCAGUCGCCGAGAGCGUUCUCCUCCACAUUCUGGACUGAAAGACUUUUGGUGGUUGCAGGAGUCCCCUGAGAGCCCAGAAGUGCAGAGGUUUCGACCACCCUCAGGAACCCCCGCUCCUCUGGAAUCUUCUCCUCACAAUCUGGAGAGGACACCUACUCUCGAGGAAAGUUCUCUGAAUGACUCCAGGCUGUGUCCUGAGGACGUGGACGUGGCGGGCCUCCAGCUUCGAGCAGGGAAGCUUAUACUGAGGAGCGAGUCAUCUCUGAGCAGCGUGGGCCCAGUGAGCUCUGAAGGUCUGGGGUCUUCGCCAGUGUCUAAUGUCUCCAGUUCAGAGAGUGACAGGAGCAGUAAGACAAGACCCCUCCCUCUGGACACAGCCCCUGUUGUGCCCCUUCUACGACUAAACCUCCCCUACAUCAGAGCACACCCUACAGCGGCCCCUGAGGACGACAUUUUGUAUCAGUGGCGAUUGCGCAGGAAGAUGGAGCAGGCACGAGAAGGGACACUACACACCACCACCCGCAAACGCAGCUCUUCUCCGCCAGUACGAAUCCCGAAAGCGGUUGUUCACAUGGAGGACUCUACUGAUCCAGUUUACCAAGUAUCGCCACGAGGGGCAGUACAGAGCCAUUCCGUUUCAUCGCAGUCGCAUAUUCCCGUCUCCUACCUCAGCCAUGUUCCUUUAGCCAGUCCAAGUGGGACCCCAACAUGCAGUGUCCCUCCACAUCUGCACCUUCUGUGUGACAUCCUACCCUGUGUUCACAGCCAGAACGCACCAAGUGUAUCCCAGGUAAAGCAGGAGAAGGCGGCUGUUGGCCCAGCUGCCAGGCACAGUGAAGAUGGCCCGUUGCCUGUAGGUCAUGUAGCGCAGAAGGGUAAAGACUCUCCUGAACGGCAGACAAAGGCUGAGCAGAUGGAAGCAAAAAAGCUGAAACCUAAAGGAGACAGAAGCAGAAGAAAAAGAGACAAGAAAGAACCAAGUCAGCAAGCGAGAGCCAUGGUGGGUGCUGUACCCGAAUCGUCAGUUCACCAAGCAAUGGAGCAGGUGAUCUCAGAACGACUUUUCUCCCCGUUGCCAUCUCCAAAAGCUAAAUCUGAGAAAAUGGGGCAAAGACCCUCAACCCCUUCGCCAGAGGGUGAUGCCGAUCUGCAGCCGGUAGAGAUUGCUGCUCAUCUUCUAGAGGAAGCAGAAGACUCGGACGGCACAGAUUUCACCGAUGACCCUCUGCUUCAGGUGUUGCGUGACCAACGAGAGUUCCUACGAUCAAGACUCCGGGCGGUGGAUUCUAGACUGGCUGAACUGGAGAAGCGAGAACCGUAGUCCUGUCUCUCCAAGCGCUCACAUGUUUGACCAUAAAGUAAUAUUUAUUAUUGUACAUAACACUUGUAUUUUUGAUGAUUUCUUAUUUUCCUAAUAAAAUGGUGGGACACA